CGUCUCUCGUCCGGGGAAACGGGCCAGCCAUGUCGAGCAUUAGCCUCAUUAAUUCUGAUUACUCUCGAUGCAGCAAUAGCACGAGAGCCAUGCACGUCGUCGGUUUUUCCACCUUCCUUGAUCACGCCUGACAUUCCUUCGCUCUCAGGCGUUCCACCAGGAGGAGGAAGUCAGCACGAACAACGGGUCACAGGUCACCUGGGCAAACUCUGGUUUCUAUAAGUACGGCUCGACGCGACCUCCCCACCCCUCGCCUGAUGAGUACAGGCUCUCAUCGAGUUGGAAACCACCGCGCUUCAAUUAUCCAGCUAUAAUCGUCGACCAUCAUCAUGAUCCGAACAACCCGUCUCUCCAACCUCUUGGCGUUGGUGCCCCUCGCCGCUGGGGCCAUCAUCGACAGCAGACAGGACAAUGCCACCACGAUUCCUUCCAGAGUUGAGAGCGGCAUCCAGACGGAGUGCAAGACUUGCCCGUAUUCGCUCUGCACGAACCAGCUAGCGCUCGAGUACGCAACAGAAAUGACGUUGACCUGUUGGACUUACGGCGACAAUAUCGUCGAUUCCAACAUCUGGCUGAGGACAACGGACGGCUGCUACGUCACUCAGUGGGAUAUCAUCGAGUACGCGGGAGACUAUACAAACACGCCGGGCUUCCCUUACUGCGGUGACAUACCCCAGACAUAUACCACCGGCCCAAGCGCGACGAUCUACUACACAGAAUGCAACAUCAUCCCUGAGACCGUCGAGCGACAGGACCGUAUCAAGAUGUACAAGACCGAGGUCGACCUCACCCUGACCUGCUACACGGACCAGGGUGAAUCCAUACUGGGCAACACGAGAUGGUUCAAGACCCUGUCCAACUGCUACGUGCCAGAAGCCCAGAUCGAGUUCGUCGACCCGGGGCUCGACGACUGCGGGCCGAUCCCCUUCAUGGAGACCAAGAUGCGCGAGCCGGACGCGGAGCCCGUCCCCGAGGUGGCCUCGUUCCCCGCACCCGCGGGCACCGUGCAGUCUCGCGCGGAGGAGAAGCGGUGGCUGUACCUGACGCAGAUCGGCGGGGACUCGGCCGACUGCACGUCGGAGGCGAGCAGCACCUCGGCCGUCCAGCAGGUCCUGCCGUUUGGCAACUACAUUAUCGUUCAGUGUGCUACUUUCGGUGCCGCCCCUGAGACCGAGCAGAUCUUCCUGCUCACGGAUGACUUCUGCUGGGUCAACGACACCCUGACGGAUCCUCAGUUGACUGAUAGUGUGCUCCGAUCUCAACGUUAUCCGAACUGCAUCGACUUUGUCGACACUGAGGUCUAAGUCGAGGGCGAGGUAGCGUAAGUAAGGUAGCACUUGGUCUUAACUUGCAUCUAGGCGGACUCCAGCAGAUUGUAGCCCAAAACUAAUCCAAAUUUCAUGAUUCACAACUUUUAAAACUGUUUCACCAGGGACAAUCAUGUCUGAUCUCCCGUGUGCAGUCCUGCCAGCCGCGAGGUCCGCUGCUAUUCGUAAAGUCGUCCGUCAAACUGUGUCUACUAUCAUUAUUUAUGCAGUGAGAUUCUCUUUAUGCUUUAAAUUAGAGUGACCUGCAGCAUGUGAUUUAAAGAUCGUAAAACUUAGGAGGUUGUCGAAUAGAUGUGAUAGGA